AUCGGUAAUUAUUCAGCAAUGUUUUGCACAAGAAAUGUCAGCCAGAAAGGGCUAUCUUCAUCCACCGUCAAAUUAUACCACAGCGAUGUCAUGCCCCAACAACCAAGCUGGAAAUUCAUUUUUUGUGGACUCCUUAAUCAACGUGAGAACCGACAGCGGUUCGUAUUACCAAAGUAACAGCGUGUAUUUGCCACCGGCGUCGGAAUAUUCAUAUGGACUCUCCGGUGGCUCGUGUUUCACGGGGAUCGGUAAGCGCAGCGAGCCAUCGACCCAGAGCGUGAUCCCCUCUGCAGCUUCGUAUGUUCAAGGGAUGGAAACGUGGCUGGAAACGUCGAGAUCCUGUCGGGUGGAUCAGCCCAGCGGCCAGCAUAUGGCUCAGUGUUCAUUCUCGCCGAGUAUAAAAGAGGAGAGCGCUUAUUGCCUUUAUGAGUCUGAUAAAUGUCCGAAAGGAGCGACAGUAGAUGACAUAUCCUACUCGAGUGCGUCCUGCCCCGGUACCGGCAGCACCGUCCCUGUCCCUGGCUACUUCCGCUUGUCUCAGACGUAUACGUCCUCAAGGCUUUAUCAUGAUGUCCAGCCAAACAUGAAUCACUUUACUCUGCAGCGACCUGUCCGUUUGGACAGCCAAGCUUCCCAGCCGCCGGCUGCCUCUGCGGAGUCGGAGCACGGAGAGGGCCACGAGGAGGCGCCUGUCCCUGCGCCCUGCGCCCCGACCAGAGGGGAGGACAGCCGCCUCUCCUCGGAAAGCUCAUCCUCCCCCGAACCAGCUGAGACAUGCAGUGCGGAGUGUCCAGAAAAGCCCGUAAAAGGAGAUGGAAAAAUGGAAAGUACGGCUAAUUGGCUCACAGCUAAGAGUGGUCGAAAGAAGCGCUGCCCCUACACAAAGCACCAGACUCUGGAGCUGGAGAAGGAGUUUCUCUUCAACAUGUACUUGACUAGAGAGCGUCGUCUGGAGAUCAGCCGUAGUGUGCACCUCACUGACAGGCAAGUCAAAAUCUGGUUCCAAAACAGGAGGAUGAAACUGAAAAAAAUGAGCCGGGAAAACAGGAUCCGAGAGCUCUCCAGCAGCUUCAGUUUCUCAUGAGACUGUGCGUCUUUGGCGCCCUCCUCCAUCCAUGGCAAGAACGCCUGUGCAGGACCCCCCCCCCCCCCAAACUGUGAGAAUGAAAAUAGGACCCUACUGCUAACUUAUUGAUUGUUGGUCUUUUGAAUGAUUUUAUUUUCAUGUCUGCUUUUUUUUUUUUUUGUUUUUGUUUGUUUUUUUGUCGUAUUUGUAUUUAUAAAUAGUUACAUUUGUAACGCUGAUCAGUUGAAAAUGCUCAGAAUGUGACCACAGUGUUUGAGAGCUUAAGGCUUGUACAUAUUGUUUAUUCAACCUGAGUGAACCAUUGGAAUUUGCAUGCUGGACUAACCCUUGGGAAACUCGUGUUCCAGUUACAUCUAGGUCUUUGUGUGACUGCUAAAGAAGCC